AUGCUUACCGUUUACAAGGACUUGGAUCUUGAGAUCUUGCCGGACGUCACCGUUGAUGUCGACGCCCGUGUUAUCACAGUCAAGGGCCCCCGUGGUGAGCUCCAGAAGAACUUGCGCCACUUGGCCAUGGACAUUCGUCUGAUCAAGGGUCCCAAGGGCGACAAGGUCAAGUUUAUUGUCUGGCACGGCGGCCGCAAGCACCUUGCCUGCCUGCGUACUGCCCUUGCAGCUGUUAACAACAUGAUGAAGGGCGUUACCAUUGGCUUCCAGUACAAGAUGCGUGCCGUCUACGCCCAUUUCCCCAUUAACAUGAUCACUGCUUCCGACAACAAGAGUGUCGAAAUUCGGAACUUUUUGGGCGAGAAGCGUGUUCGUAACGUUCAGAUGCUCGAGGGUGUGACUAUCUCCGAGGACAAGAACCAGAAGGACCAGGUCUUGGUCGAGGGUAACGACAUCAACAACGUCUCCCAAAGCGCCGCUCUUCUUCACGGUAUUACUCUUGUGCGGAACAAGGAUAUCCGCAAGUUCCUUGACGGUAUCUACUGCACUGCCAAGACCUCGGUCGUCCAGGUUGAGGCUUAA